AUGACGCCUGACGAGGAAGACAGCUACCGCAAGCUCAAGAAAGUGCAGCACGUUCUUGGCCUCUUCGGCAAGUUCGUUGACAUCUCUGUGGCAGAUGAUGCCUGCAUAGUCAAGAAGGUGCCGCACAUAUAGCGGUAAGAGGCCUCACACGGGGACAUGGCGGGAGCGUGUCUGUGUGUACGCAGCGCUCUGUCGAUGUGUGUGUGUGCAGGGCAUGAUGCAGACGGCCUUUGUGGACGCCCGAGAGGUGCCGCCUGUGCUGUCGGAGCUGCUGGAGGCCAACAAGGACUCACUCAAGAAGAUCACCCUGGACAUCAACUACUGCUCACGGACGUCGGCUGCCGGGCCCAUCGUGUUCUCAUCCGCCACACACCUUCACAUCCGUGGCCUUGCAGGUCGUGCCUACAUCAGGUACUUUUGUCAGGGGAGUCAGCGUUGACGCCAUAGCGUAGUCAUUCAUCUCUUAGGACGACGUCUGUGUGUCUGCAGUGAUCUCGGGUGGAGGUUCCCGGCACUCACCACGCUCCAAGUCGGCCACAUCAUCAGUGUGGAUGCUGACUCCUUGGUGCGUCUGCUCGACAAGUCGCCCAAGAUCGAGCGGCUGGGUUUCCGGGUCCGCUUUGAGCAGCUCGGCCGCAUCAUCAGCCAGCUCAAGGACACCCUCAGCCAACACUGGAGCAAAGCAGACAAGAGACGUACGGGACCAGAAGCACCCAAGCAUUUCAUUCAGGGCGGCGAGUGAUCUGUCUGUCUCACCCCUUGCAGAGGUGCCGAAGAAGCUGGGGAUCGUGGUUGAGGACAUUUCGUCGAUCGGUGUGAGAUACGGGCGGGGGAAGGGGGCGGCAGUCGUAGCGGGCGUCAGCGAAUGGGCGGCGGACGUCAACUGCCAAAUUGAGUGCUGGCCAGUCUGCUUGGGCAAGCUGACCAUCUACUGCAGCACGACGGCUGCCACUGCCCCUCCGGCGCCCGACGGCCUAUACGGACAGAUCGCCACGUGGCUGGCGGCCAAUGCGACACAUGUCAGGAAUGGGCCAGACAAGGGAGGGAGACCAUCUGACAGGACCACACCUGCGUGUCUGCUGUGUGUGUCAGGUGAGGGUCAAGUUUGGUGGCACUCCGCUGGACGAGUCGUGGCGUCACAAGCUCAUCUUCCACAAGGCCAAGAAGCUCACUUUCAACAUCAAGCCUGGCGCAAGCGCAUCAGAAGUGGUCGACAGCAUCCCCACAUGGCUGACCGAGAGGCAGGGAGAGGGGCAGCAGUCGACCAGCCGACACUUCCCCGCUGUCGAGCACAUGACGGUUUUCCCUGCCUCGCUGUCCCUGGCUGACGUGCAUGCCGCCCGCAGCAAGCUCAGCCCGCUUUUGGGCGGGCUGACGACUCUCAAGCGUGUCGACAUCACUGAUGUGUCUAGCUUCGCUGCUGCGCAUGAGCUUCUCUGCUGCCUGUCCGUAGAUCAGCUAGACGAGGUCACGGUUGGUGGUCAGUGGGAUGGGCCUGUGGUGUGCGAGUGGCCGGAGGAUGCUCCUGACACACUCUCAGGGAGUGGUCGCUGCCCUCUCAUCCACCACCUGACCUCUGGAAGUUUCGGGUUGAGCAGCAAGGCCGGCGUGAGGGAAUUCAUCAAGCUAGCGUUAGCUCUGCGGCCAGUGAGUGUCCGCUUGGUUGCUGACUUGAAUGAUAGUGAGUUGACGGGGGACAGUUGCACCUCUAGACUGGCGGGCCUCCGCUCGUUCAUGGAGGACUGCCUCAGGCAGGUCGCAGCACACUACACUUUCGACUCAGCAGAUACCAAGUGUGAGUGGUAUCGCCUGACAUUGAAAUUGAGGGCCAAGUGAGGUGCAGGGAGGGCAGGGUAGACAGACUAUCUAUCUGCUAUCCUUUCACAUACCUUAUGUGCGUGCACAGGGGGCAAAGGCACAGGGACCAGUGUGUGUCCGUGUGCGUAUGUGCCUCUGGCCUCGACACUUUUAGCGGAUUUGCCCAUGACCGUGCAUCUGAUGUCAUUGCAUCGGGCGCUCUUGCCUCUUUCGGUCUCUUUCCGUUGUUCUCUGUCCUCGGCCUCUCCCCCUCCCUCGACUGAUCAGCCGACAAACCCCAGCAGCAGUGAGGCUCAGUGAGUCGGUUGUUUUCGGUCGGUUGGGUGAGGGAGGGCAGAAGGCGAAGACGAGAGAGAGCGGCACAUGACAUAGUAAGCAGACUGACAUGGUAUGGAUGGAUGGAUGGAUGAAGUGUGUUCGCCUGAGCAUGGUGGUGGACUCUGACCCU